AUGGCCUCCACGCCGAGGCCGGGCGUGCGCCGCCUCUUCGCCGACGACGACGCCGCGCUCCUCGAGCUUGCGCUCGCCGAGGUGGCCGCCGCGUGCUGGGACCUCUCUCGCCCCGCUGCACCGACCCAGCGUGGUGGCCCCGGCGCCGCGGCCAAGCACAGCAGCUCCAACGACGUCGGCUGCCCCUGGCGGAGGAGGUGGGAUCCCGCGGGCUCCAGCAAGACCAAGCAGGCCGCAAAGUUCGUCAAGGUGGUCGUCGACGGCGCGCCCUACCUGCGGAAGGUGGACCUCGAGGCCUACGCCGGCUACGACCUGGUCCUCAGCGCGCUCUCCAGGACAAGCUCUUCUCCCAUUUCAACAUCCGUGAGUACCACCCCCUCUGCCUCGCCAGCUUCUGGUUACUGCAGCAGCACUUUGCUCUGUUUGGUUGAGCGUUCUAGCUGA